AUGGAAGACUUGGACAAAGCUAAGGAAGGACUUGCACUUCUGAAGCAGGCUGGCAUGCGUAAAAUCAACUUUGCAGGCGGAGAACCCUUCCUGUAUGCGCACUUCCUCGGCGAGACAAUCGACUUCUGCAAAACGAAACUGCACCUCGAAUCGGUCUCGAUAGUCACCAAUGGCAGUCUCGUUACAGAGAAGUUCUUGGAGAUGCACGGCUGUAACAUCGAUAUCUUGGCUGUGUCCUGCGAUUCGUUCGACGAAGCUACAAAUAUCAAGAUUGGUCGAGGAUCUGGAGAUCAGGUGCAACAACUGUACAAAAUCUCGUCAUGGUGCAAGCAGUACGGCAUCAAAUUCAAGAUCAAUACGGUCGUGUGUCUGCUCAACCACAUGGAGGAUUUGAACAAGCAUAUCAAUGCUCUCCAGCCAUUUCGAUGGAAGUGCUUUCAAGUAUUGAUCGUCAAAGGCGAGAACGACUCAGGCGACACCCGUCGCGAUGCCCGAAAGUUUGUGAUAACGGACCAACAAUACCAAGAAUUUUGUGCAAGGCACAAUCAACAGGCUUCUUUGGUAGAAGAACCAAAUCACCUCAUGGCGAAAUCUUACCUUAUACUCGACGAAUAUAUGAGAUUCUUAGAUCGUGACGGUCGUCAGCCAUCCAAAUCUAUACUGCAAAUCGGAGUACAGAAAGCCCUCGAAAGUGUAUAUUGGGACAAGGAUGCGUUUAGGAAGCGUGGAGGGGUAUACGACUGGAGUAGGGUCGAUAAAACUACGCCUACGAAUCUUGACUGGUGA